AGAAAGACAUCUAAGGUUUUGGUGAAUUUCAUCAACACGUUUCGGAUCGUUCAACGCAUCAACAUCCAUCCCCAUCUCGUGUUCCUCUACACUUGGUUCGUUUAUUCGUACAGAGGUCCUUUGUCAAUGUGUCCUUCAAAAUAUGUAGCUUUUCCUCUGAGGAAUUAUUUUACUGGAGGAUCGCGCAAUACAUUUCUUGGGAUCUUUCCUUGUUUUGGCGAUGGCAGGUAAUUUUAAGGCAAGCCGGAACACAGAGUGAGUCGCCAUGGCGGCAGGAGUGGCUGCAUGGCUUCCCUUUGCACGGGCAGCAGCUAUUGGCUGGAUGCCUGUGGCCAACUGCCCCAUGCCCAUUGCUCCUAGAGACCACAGAAAGAGACAUGACGAGCUGAUCAUCCUGAACGUGAGUGGACGACGCUUCCAGACCUGGAGGACCACACUGGACCGCUACCCAGACACCCUGCUGGGAAGCUCAGAGAAACAGUUUUUUUACGAUGAGGAGACAAAGGAGUAUUUCUUCGACCGGGACCCAGACUCCUUCCGCAGCAUUCUCAACUUCUACCGGACGGGAAAGUUACACUAUCCUCGCUACGAGUGCAUCUCGGCCUAUGACGAAGAGCUAACUUUCUUCGGCAUCAUUCCGGAGAUCAUCGGCGACUGCUGCUACGAAGAGUACAAGGACCGGAAGCGGGAGAACGCGGAGCGUCUCCAAGAUGACCAGGAUGACAACAAGGACUGCAAGCUGCCCAACAUGACAUACAGAGAGACCAUGUGGAGGGCCUUUGAGAACCCUCACACUUCCACCAUGGCCCUUGUGUUCUACUAUGUCACCGGUUUCUUCAUCGCCAUCUCAGUCCUCACCAACGUGAUAGAGACGGUACCUUGCGGUGCCACGCCUUCACAGAAGGACAUGCCAUGUGGCGAGCGCUAUACCAUCGCCUUCUUCUGCAUGGACACAGCCUGCGUCCUCAUCUUCACCGUGGAGUACCUCAUGAGACUGUUCGCUGCGCCCAGCCGCUACCAAUUUAUGCGCAGUGUGAUGAGCAUCAUAGACGUAGUGGCCAUCUUUCCCUACUACAUCGGCCUGGUGAUGACAGACAAUGAGGAUGUGAGCGGGGCCUUCGUCACGCUCAGAGUGUUCCGUGUGUUCCGCAUCUUCAAGUUCUCCCGCCACUCGCAGGGCCUCAGGAUCCUGGGGUACACGCUGAAGAGCUGCGCCUCUGAGCUGGGCUUCCUCCUCUUCUCCCUCACCAUGGCCAUCAUCAUCUUCGCCACGGUCAUGUUCUACGCAGAGAAGGGGUCGUCGUCGACCAAGUUCACCAGCAUUCCAGCCUCCUUCUGGUACACCAUUGUCACAAUGACCACGUUGGGGUAA